AUUAUUUACCUCCACUUAAUCGGUAUCUGAUUCCAUGAUCCAUGUGUUUCUGUACCUUAUAUUUUUCUGGUGUUUGAUGAGGUUGCAAGUUGUUUUGGGUUGGGUACAAGUGUCUAGCAGCAGGAUGCUGAUUUUCGUUCUCCAGACUCUAACUGAAAGAUGUUAGAUUUCCACCGCACAACGCUGACUUAUACACAGUGGAUUGCAAGUCUUGGGACAAGAAUGGAACCAUAGUUCACGUCAGAGGAAUUCUCAUGGAUCUCUUGAUGAAAUGUGUCUUUGUUGGGUACUUGGUUGCGUGCAUUACAGCAUCCCAAGCCAGCCAGAUAUCUCAGGAAUCUGACAGGGUGAUCAAUCUGCCAGGCCAACCUCCAAACCGAUAUAAUAUCUCUCAGUUCUCAGGGUAUAUCACUGUCAAUCAAGAGAAUGGAAGGGCUCUUUUCUACUGGUUUUUUGAAGCUCAUUCUCAACCAUCAAAGAAGCCCCUCCUCCUCUGGCUUAAUGGAGGACCUGGUUGUUCAUCAAUAGGGUACGGUGCAGCUGUGGAGCUAGGUCCUCUUAGAGUUGGAAAAAAUGGAGUUAGCCUUCACUUCAAUAAAUAUGCUUGGAAUAAAGAAGCCAAUCUUCUAUUUGUAGAAUCCCCAGUUGGAGUUGGGUUUUCUUACACUAAUACAUCUUCUGAUCUCAAUAAGUUGGAUGAUAGAUUUGUAGCUGAGGACGCCUACAAUUUCCUGUUGAACUGGCUUCAGAGAUAUCCACAGUUCAAAACCCAAGAUUUCUUCAUAUCAGGAGAGAGUUAUGCAGGUCACUACGUGCCACAACUAGCAGAACUUAUCUAUGAUCGAAACAAGGACAGAACUAAAUAUCCAUUAAUUAAUCUCAAAGGUUUUAUAGUGGGAAAUCCAGCAAUUGAUGAUUACCAUGAUUACAAUGGUUUGCUAGAAUAUGCUUGGACCCAUUCUGUGAUACCAGACCAACUCUACCGCAAAGCCAAAGAAGUGUGUGAUUUCAGAUUAGCUAACUGGUCUGACAAGUGCAACAAUGCCAUGGGCAAAGUCUUUGAUGAAUAUGAUGAGAUUGACAUUUAUAACAUCUAUGCUCCUAAAUGUCUUAUUAAUGGCACAUCUUCAUUUGCUGAUAUCAGUGGCCAAAGUGUUGAAGCAUUAGGCAAGCUAAAUUAUUAUGGAUUAAGAAGGAUGAGAAUCCUGGGAGGUUAUGAUCCGUGUUUCUCUGUACACACAGAACAGUAUUUCAACAGGGAAGAUGUUCGAACAUCUCUUCAUGCAACUGUCAAAGAAGGAAAAUGGAAGACUUGUAAUGAUUCCGUCUUGGGGACAUAUAUUUUUAACGUUUCUUCUAUCCUUCCUAUCUACAAUAAGCUCAUCAAAAGUGGCCUCAAGAUAUGGAUUUAUAGUGGGGAUGCAGAUGGCAGACUACCCUUCAUCGCUUCACGAAACAGCAUUCAAACUCUUCAACUUCCUAAAGACUGUAUAAUGUCUAGCACAAAGUUAAGUCCAUUCUAUGCUGUUGAAGCUGUAACAUCAAGUUUGCACAUACUUUACUGAUAUUUUGAAGAAAUGAAGAUGGCGGCUUGUACAUAUUUCAACAUUCAAUAAAAGACUUUAGUUGUUCUGCUCUCCAUUUUCAUUGUUUUUCUUCAAAGUAAAACCAGUGACACAAGCAAUGUAUGCAACUGCCUUACGUUUUUACUCAAAAGGCUCAACUGGUUACUUCCAUCUUUAAAAUGAACGUGCCUUUCACGAAUAUUGAAGUUUCACCGUACAUGAAGAGCCUCUGAACCUGACUCAGUUCAUGAUUAGUAGUGAUGUGGCUGCUUUAGUAUACUAAUGUCUGGUAAAGAAAUGCAUAGUGAUAUU